AACUGUCACCACCAUGUCAGAUAUUGGUGCGCAAUCGGACGCUGCGAAGCGAGCAGCAGCUCGUAAAGCCAAGAUCCUGGCGCGUGGCAAUGCUGGCUUGCAAAAGCUAGCUCAAACAGCGAGAGGAGAGGAAGCAGACAAGCUGUAUGGAGAAGAUUCCCGACCUACCUCUCCAUCGUCAGAAUCGACAUCUGCUUCAUCACCUACUUCCGGCGCCAACGUGAAAUCAGCUCCCAAAGCAUCGUCAUGGGCUUCCACGGGAUCUGGAGCCCGAGCUGGAGCUGGAGCUGGAGCUGGAGCUGGUGGCUUUGGAGGGAUGUCAGAGGAACAACAACGGAUGCAACAGGAUUUAGCCGCCAUGUUUGGAGGUUUCCCCGGUAUGGGUGGACCGGGGGGACCCGGAGGAGGAGCAGGAGCAGGAGGCGAAGGAAUGCCGGAUAUGUCUCGACUUUUGGCCCAAAUGAUGGGGGGCAUGUCUGGACCUCCUGGUCAAGGUCAAAACCUUUUGGGAGAUCUUGACGACCCCGCAGGUUUAGGUACAGGUGGACCUUUCGGAGGAGCAGGUGCAGGUGCAGGUGGUGCUGGAGGAAUGCCCCCGAUGCCUCCAGGUAUGGCGGAAAUGUUCAGUGGUCUGAAUGGAGGAGGAGCAGGAGGAGGGUUCCCAGGGAUGCCAGGGAUGCCUGGUUUGGGAGGAGGAGGAGGAGGAGGAGGAUCAAUCUCCAAAUCACAACGAUACUUCCCCUUGAUCCACGCUGGCCUCAUGCUACUUCUCGGACUAUUCACCGUCAUAUGGUGGGAACCGAGUCUCAGAGGGGCAAGGUUAGCUGGAAAAAUCGAUCCUUGGUGGGCUAGACGUUGGGCAGGUCUAGCGGGAAGAGCGGGCGUAGUGGAUGGAUUGAGGGAAGGACUGUUAGGAGGUGUAGAGGUCUUGCCAUUGUUCUGGGCCUUCACUACCGUUCAACUGAUCUUGCACACCACCCGCAUCAUGAUUCUCAAGUCCCCGCCGCCACCCCACUCCCUCAUCUCCACUUUCCUCCCUCUCAUGCCUCCUGCCAUUUCUCGACCUCUCAUCACAGGCUCACGAUACGUCUCGCUCCUAUCUCAGCUGUACAAAGACGGGGCGCUCUUGAUCUUCAUCAUUGGAAUGACCACAGUCCUCGGACAAUGGCGUUCGACAGGAGUCGCACCGAGCUAUCACUGAGGAACAAGAAGACGAAAUGCAUU